CAUUACUGACUCCAUUUGAAAUUCUCCAAACUUGCUCUUUCCUUUCAUCAUCCAAGAAUCAUGCAGCUUUCCACACUUUUGGAACAAGCAGACGAGAAGAGAGCCACUAACAGCUACCAAGAAGCCGAAAGAAUAUAUCUAGAGUUACUGAAUAAUAGUGAAAGAGACUUUUCAGAAGAACAAGAGAGUAUUCUCAAAUAUAAAGAACAAGCUGCGUUGGCUUUAUUGGACUUGUAUGUAGACCAACAGCAAGCCGAAAAGAUUGUCGAGUUGACUAGGAAACUAAGACCUUUUUUUGGUCAAGUUGCCAAAGCGAAAACGGCCAAACUUAUUCGUGUAGUACUUGAUCGAGUGGCACUCAUUCCAAAAACAGAACAAAUACAAAUUGACUUGUGUUUAGAGACUAUAGAAUGGUGUAGACAAGAAAAGAGAACUUUCCUUAGACAACGGGUACAAGCAAAGCUUUCUGCACUCUAUUUUCAAACUCAACGUUAUUUGGAGAGUCUAGCAGUUUUGACGGAGCUCUUGAAAGAAGUAAAAAAGUUGGACGAUAAAUCUCUCCUUUUGGAAAUUCAGCUAUUGGAAUGUCGGGUGCAGUUAGCUUUGAGGAAUAUUCCCAAGGCACGUGGUGCGUUGACUUCUGCAAGAACUACCGCCAACGCCAUUUAUGUUCCACCUGGACUACAAGGAGAAGUAGAUUUGCUUGCUGGAAUAGUUUCUGCUGAAGAACACGACUAUAAAACAGCCUAUUCGUACUUUUAUGAGUCAUUUGAAGGGUUUUCCAAUUUAGGAGAUGAGAGGGCAGUUUCGAGUUUCAAGUAUAUGUUGUUGUGUAAGAUUAUGACGAAACAAGCAGAAGAUGUGGCUGGUCUGAUUAGUACUAAGUUUGCUUUGCGGUAUAAUGGAAAGGCAGUGGAUGCUAUGCUUGCUAUAUCUCGAGCACAUCAGAAUAGAAGCUUGGCACAGUUUCAACAAGCGCUCAAAGACUAUCCAGAAGAGUUGACUAAUGAUGUUGUUAUUCAUAGUCAUUUAUCUGAACUAUAUGAUACAUUAUUGCAACAAAAUAUUUUGAGGAUUGUAGAACCAUUUUCCAGAGUGGAAAUCACUCAUAUUGCAGAGUUGAUUGGUCUUCCUAUGGAAACAGUUGAAAGCAAAAUUUCUCAAAUGAUUUUAGAUGGACAACUGAAAGGAACUCUCGAUCAAGGAGCGAACUGUUUGAUUACCUUUACAGAAGAUCAUUUUCCCAAAACUUAUUAUCAUUCGUUACAGACGAUGAAAGAAAUGAGUCAUGUUGUGGAUAUUUUAUUCGAAAAUGCUUCGCUGUUGUCUUAGUUGUGUUGAAUGAAAAGUUUCAUGAAGUUUAUUCGAUUCCAAUAUGAAGUAAAGAUACGGUCUUGAGUAAUAAAGUCAUCAAUAGAAAACCACCGGUAAUGGAUAGGAAACCAUUUCUCA